UUAUAGAAUUAAAAUAAAUACAAGAAUCUUCUGUGUAGGUUGUGUAACAAAAAAUAUGCUCAUUUCGUUGCACACUCAACAUGUUCAUUCCAUACUAAAAAGCCCUCUCAGAUACAAGAAAUCACAAAUGAUCUCUCUUGUAGGUAAAGCAAUGGAGGAUCCCAUGUACUAUCCCUUCCUUUUCUUGACAGGAAACACCUAUUCGCUGUUCAUAGCUUGCAACCCUCAAAUUCUUUUGUAUUUCAAAUUACAAAAAAUAAGGAAUAUAUAUUCUGCAACUUCAGUUUCAUCUUCUCAUUCAUAAUCACAAUCAUAUCUUAACUAGCAAAAAAUUUCAAUCUUUCUACAGCCUUAAUCGGUGCUGUUUCUGCAGCUUUAAUCACUAAAAGUUUGAAUCUUGACUUGCUGAGAUUCCAUGUUAAAGAAGAUUGAAAGAUUACUCGGGCGGGUAAUUAAAGGGAAACGUCACUCCCCUCCAUGGUGUCUUCCACCACCACCACCUCCUCCUCCUCCACCUCCAUCUCCACCUCCAUCUCCACCUCCACCACAGCCCCCCGAGUCACAGCCACCAGAACCUUCUCAAAAACCAUCAGAGCCCACUCCAUUCCUAUUUCCUUCAACUCAAUCCACAGUGCUCCCCGAUCCUUCAGUUUUCUUUUCCCCUGAACUCCUCUCAGCCCCUCUCCCUUCAAACAGUUUCUUCCAGAACUUCACUCUUAAUAAUGGCGACCAACCUGAGUACAUCCAUCCCUAUUUGAUCAAAUCCUCACUCUCCUCCAUCUCUGUUUCCUACCCAUCAAUCCUAUCCAACUCUGCUUCAGAAUGCCAAAUUUUCACCCCUGACCUCACCAUCUCACCCUCUGAAAAAAUAAACCCACUUCCCCAGAAAUCCCACGUAAUCUCCUCAUUCAAUGAUUUGAGUGUCACUUUAGAUAUUCCUUCCUCCAACCUCCGUUUCUAUCUCGUCCGAGGAAGCCCAUUUCUCACUUUCACAGUUUCCAAAGGCGUUGCCUUUUCAAUCUCUACCAUACACGAAGUUAUCUCCUUUUCCUUCAAUAAUGCACUCACCAAAUACACAAUAAAAUUAAAAAACAAUCAAACAUGGCUUAUUUACUCCUCAUUUCCCAUCAAUUUGACACAUAAUCUUUCUAUGAUUACUUCUGGGGGAUUUGCAGGAAUCAUUAGGAUUGCAGCAUUGCCAAAUUCAGACCUGGAAUGUGAACAGAUACUUGACCGGUUUAGUUCGUGUUACCCAGUCUUGGGUGAGGCACAGAUUACGAAGCCAUUUUGUUUGGAAUAUAAAUGGGAGACGAAAGGAUGGGGGGAUUUGCUCAUGCUUGCACACCCUCUGCAUCUUCGUCUCCUAGGAGGCAGUGAUGAUAAUGUAGUUAUUUUAGAUAAGUUCAAGUAUAAAAGUAUAGACGGUGAGCUUGUGGGUGUCGUGGGAAGUUCAUGGGCUUUGAAACCAGAACCAAUUUCAGUAAGCUGGCAUUCGAUUAGGGGCGUAGAGGAAGAAUCCUUUGCUGAAAUUAUUUCUGCACUCCGUAAAGAUGUUGAAGCUUUAAAUUCAACAUCUAUGAUAUUGACAACAAAAUCUCCUUAUUCUUAUGGCAAAUUGAUAGCAAGAGCAGCAAGGUUGGCAGUGAUUGCUGAGGAAGUGAGAUCUCUUGAAAUGGUUCCAGAAAUAAGAAAAUUUCUAAUAGGGGCAAUUGAGCCUUGGCUAAAUGGGACAUUUGAGGGGAAUGGUUUUGUAUACGAUGAAAAGUGGGGUGGAAUUGUAAGCAAAGAAGGGGCCUUCGAUUAUAGCGCAGACUUUGGAUUUGGAAUGUAUAAUAAUCACCAUCAUCAUUUGGGCUACUUUCUUUAUGCCAUUGCUGUGCUGGUGAAAAUAGACCCCGCUUGGGGGAGAAAGUAUAGUCCUCAAGUCUAUUCUCUCAUGGCAGACAUCAUGAACUUGAGCAGGAGAGCCAAUUCAAAGUUUCCAAAGUUGAGAUGCUUUGAUGCAUAUAAAUUGCAUUCUUGGGGAACGGGAUUGUCCGAAUUCACAGAUGGGCGGAGUCAAGAGAGCGUCAGUGAAGCAGUGAAUGCUUACUAUUCAGCAGCUUUGGUGGGGUUAGCUUAUGGAGACGCUCAUCUUGUAUCCAUUGGCUCUAUUCUGGCAGCAUUGGAGAUUAAAGCAGGUCAGAUGUGGUGGCAAAUAAGAGAAGGAGAAACAACUUUGUACAAGGAAGAAUUUGUUAAGGAAAACAGGGUGGUGGGAGUAUUGUGGUCUAACAAAAGGGACAGUGGAUUAUGGUUUGCUCCUAGUGAAUGGAAAGAGUGUAGGCUUGGUAUUCAAGUGUUACCCAUAUUGCCAAUCACUGAGCUGUUGCUGUCAGAUGUUGGGUUCGUAAGGGAGCUUGUGAACUGGGCAUUGCCUUCUCUGGGAAGAGAAGGUGUUGGGGAAGGAUGGAAAGGCUUUGUUCAUGCUCUGGAAAGUAUUUAUGACAAAGAUGGUUCUUUGCAGAAGAUUAGGAACUUGAAAGAAUUUGAUGAUGGAAACUCACUUACCAACCUGUUAUGGUGGGUUCACAGUAGAGGCAAAGAAGAACAAAAUAUCAAUAACAGCAAAAUACAUCUAGUUUAGCACCAAAUUUCUCUUCUUCAGGCCAAUGACAAGUUGUAUAAAAAAUCACAAAGCAACAUCAUGCUGCUUCAUUUGUCUCCAUAAAGUUAUUUUUACUUGGACCAUCCUAUGUACAGAUAAUAUACUUGUUAAAUCAUCAUAACACUACAGGGGUUCAAAUGCAAUGUCUCUUCCUCUGGUACCACGUUAAAUCAUCAAUCAAUUCAAAAUUUUAAGCUAA